ACCAGGGAAACCGGAUCCUGGUUAAAAGUUUGUCCCUUGACCCUGGCCAGAGCCUAGAGCCUCAUCCAGAAGGUCCCCAGAGGCUUCGCUCAGACCCAGGCCCCCCCACCGAAACCCCUAGCCAGCGUCCUUCACCACUGAAGCGGGCACCGGGCCCAAAGCCACAGGUGCCCCCAAAGCCCAGCUACCUGCAGAUGCCCCGGAUGCCACCCCCAUUGGAGCCCAUCCCCCCUCCACCAUCACGCCCACUGCCUGCCGACCCCCGAGUGGCCAAAGGCCUGGCCCCCAGAGCAGAGGCCAGCCCCAGUUCUGCAGCAGUAUCCUCACUGAUUGAGAAGUUUGAAAGGGAGCCUGUGAUUGUCGCCUCGGAUAGGCCAGCCCCUGGCCCCAGCCCAGGUCCCCCAGAGCCAGCCAUGUUGCCACAGCCACCCUCGCAGCCACCAGUGCCCCAGCUCCUAGAGGGUGAGGCCUCCCGCUGCCUGUUCCUGCUGGCUCCUGGGCCCCGGGACGGCGAGAAGGUGCCCAACCGGGACAGCGGCAUUGAUAGCAUCAGCUCGCCAUCCAACAGCGAGGAGACCUGCUUCGUCAGUGAUGACGGGCCCCCCAGCCACAGCCUCUGCCCUGGGCCUGCUGCCCUGGCUAGUGUGCCUGUUGCCUUGGCCGACCCCCACCGGCCUGGCUCCCAAGAGGUUGACAGUGACCUGGAGGAGGAGGACGACGAGGAGGAGGAGGAAGAGAAGGACAGAGAAAUCCCAGUGCCCCUGAUGGAGAGACAGGAGUCUGUGGAGUUGACUGUGCAGCAAAAGGUGUUUCACAUUGCCAAUGAGCUCCUGCAAACUGAGAAGGCCUAUGUUUCCAGGCUUCAUCUCCUGGAUCAGGUGUUCUGUGCCCGGCUGCUGGAAGAAGCUCGGAACCGCAGUUCCUUCCCGGCCGACGUUGUCCACGGCAUCUUCUCUAACAUCUGCUCCAUCUAUUGCUUCCACCAGCAGUUCCUGCUGCCUGAGCUAGAGAAGCGCAUGGAGGAAUGGGACCGCUACCCACGCAUUGGAGACAUCCUGCAGAAACUGGCCCCCUUCCUCAAGAUGUAUGGUGAGUAUGUGAAGAACUUUGACCGGGCUGUGGAGCUGGUCAACACCUGGACAGAGCGUUCCACCCAGUUUAAAGUCAUCAUCCAUGAGGUGCAGAAGGAGGAAGCCUGUGGCAACCUGACAUUGCAGCACCACAUGCUGGAGCCUGUGCAGCGCAUCCCCCGCUAUGAGCUUCUUCUCAAGGACUAUCUGUUAAAGCUGCCCCACGGCUCCCCGGACAGCAAGGAUGCCCAAAGCAGGGCCCUCCAAGUUGAGACCCCUGCCCGAAUACCCGAAGAGAACAUUCAGAAGGAGACCCCCAACCUGAACUUCCCAACUGGAAGCCCAGAGUUUGAAGAGCAUGCCUAUUAUGAUCCCCUAAAGGAACUCAUCCAUUUCCUAGAUCGAGACCCCAAGGCUGACCCCUAG